ACAGCUGAACAGUUAAAAACAAAGGAUCUAUCAAUUCCAGCUAAAAUUGAAAGCAUAAAAUUAUAAUUUUAAACAAUCAAUUGAGUUCUUAAAGCUUAAGCUUAACCUCAAAAUCAUAUUAAAACCAUGCUUUUUCGAUUACUAAAGAAGGGCCCUAUCCGACAUUCUACGCUUGCUGCCUAUUCUUCUUUGGUUUGCCCUUUUUGCAUUUUAUCUUUCUGUAUUUACGCAGGCGAGGAAUGGAAAUUCACCCAAUGCAACCAGCUAAAUGCGAAAGCUAAAGUGCAUACUACUAUCACACUUGUUGAUUAAACAAAUAAACGCACAUACAAAUAGAAAUUUAAGCCAAAUUUAUCAAAGUCCAAAAAGAGAAAAUGCCAAUAAUGAUUUGGCUACUACGAAAAUUUACUUUCUGACGUAUAUUAUUUUGGUUAAUAGCCCUAAACACCACAUAGUGCCACCAACUAAUCCCACCCAAAAAAAGUGCCCAGAAAUCCACAACGCAAAUUAAUAUCGGUUACUCAACUAUUUGCUACGUCAACAAAUAAGUAACUAAACAAUAUUAAAUUUCAAAAGAACAGCGAUGAACAAAAGUCAGAACGCGACCAAAAGAUAAUAUGCGCGGAUAAGAGAACAAAACAAGAAAAAACACAACAAAAUACCCACCGAUAAAAAAAGAAGUCAAGUGCCAAACAACACAAAGCAUAACAAUAAUACAAGCGAAUAUAGAAAUAGUAAAAUAAAAACAAUACAUGCGUUGAAAAACAAGAGUUCAGCAGAAACAUCUACAUACAUAUAUACAAGUAUAACAAAGCAACGAACUCAAGGAACAGCAACAUAUCCACCCCCCACUAACUAGACAAUACCAAAAUAAAAAGUGAUAAAAACACGUAAAAUCAAACAUCAUCAAAUCAAACCCCAUAUUUACAAAUUACAACUACAACUACAACGUAAAAUAUGAAGCAAACACGCAAGGUUGCACCAGAUGGCGGUUGGGGUUGGGUUGCUUGCUUCGGGGUCAGUUUAGUAAAUUUGGCAACCCGCUCGAUCGAACCCUCAUUCGGCCUGCUCUUCGGCGAUUUACUGCGUGAUCUCGAUGUCGGCACCACCGGCGCUGCGAUUAUUAUGAGUACGCUCGACGUGUGUAUGAAUUUCUCAGGUCUCUUCGUCGGCCCUCUACUCAAGGAGUUCUCCUACCGAAAGGUGGCUAUCGCUGGUUCAUUACUUUGUGGCAUCGGAUUGGCUGCCACUUCACCCGCCGCCAGCAUGCCUCACAUACUCAGCACGUAUAGUGUGAUUAAUGGCAUAGGCGUCGGUCUAUCCACAUCCGCCGCCUUUGUAGCGCUCAAUCACUACUUCAAGUACAAACGAGGCCAAGCUGUGGGCUUAUCCAUGGCCGGCACAGCCUUGGGUAUGCUUAUUAUGCCACAACUGGUACGUGUGUUGCUCGAAGCGUUCGGCUUCCGUGGUGCUGUGCUGAUGUUGGCCGGUAUCGCAUUGAAUUCCACAGUAGGUGCCGUGCUCUUACAACCUGCCAAAUGGCAUAUGAUAGAGGAGGUGAUUGAUGAGGAAAUGAUGACAGUGCCGGUGUCACCGCCCACUCCGCCCACACCCGAUGUUAAAAUCAUACGUGAAGAUGGAAACGAAGAGGACGCAUUGCCCGAGUUGAAUACGUUACUCUUUCCCAAAAAGCAAUAUAUGCGUAAGAAUUACUCCGAAAUGGCGAUGAAUACUAUGAAUGGUACUCGUAUUGGUAUGCCAAAGCGGCCCACUUUCCCGCGCAUCAUGUCACUAGCCGGCGUACAAUCAGCAGUGAAUAACAGUCACUCCCAAGCAGAUGUAAAUACAACGCUGCGCAAUCGCAAACAUUCUGUUACAUCGAAUCUAUCUUAUAUGGACUUCACUGGUUCGAUUCUACAAGUGCACAUGAAUGUGGGCGACGAAGAGUUUGAGCGUAACGAUCGCGAGCUGAAGCGUGUGAAUACUGCGGCGAGUGGUAUGGCGAAUGCGCAUCGUGAUUCCUUUAUUAAAAUGCGUCCAACAGGGACUGAGAAGUAUGAAGAGUCACCGGAAAAAGAGGCAGAGAAAAAACCUGGUUUCUGGCGACGUUUUGCUGAUCUCAUGGAUAUUGAUUUAUUACGUGAUAAAAAAUUUCUAAAUAUACUCUUUGGGCUGUCGAUUUUCUACGUCGGCGAGAUGAAUUUCAAAAUGGUUACGCCGUUCUUUUUUGCCAAUCUCGGCUACAACAAAACAGACGUGGCUUUCUGCCUAUCAAUAACGGCAAUCACAGAUAUUGCAGCCCGUAUAAUACUCCCGCCAAUAUUCGAUCGCACUAGUAUCAAAAAGCGUACUGUGUUCCUAGUCUCAAUCAUCUUUGUGGGUAUCACCCGUUCGAUUAUGGCUGAGCAAACCGACUGGACACAGCUUAUGAUUUGGCUAUCGAUUUGCGGUUUCUUCCGUGGCUCCGCUUUGGCCAAUUUCACACUAACUGUUUCCGAGUACUGUUCGCUGGAGAAAUUACCCUCGGCCUUCGGUUGGCAUUUGGUAGGCAAAGCUGUAUUUGUCAUCUGUCUGGGACCGCUGAUCGGUCUGAUUCGUGACGUCACCACCAGCUAUCCUAUCUGUAUACACGCACAAACAGUUUGUAUAUUCCUUUGUGUAAUCGCCUGGACGAUCGAGUAUGCGAUCACAUAUUUGAAUGAGAGAAAGACGGCGGCGGAAGAUGAUAAUAAUGCCACAAUUGGACCUGAGACUACCAUAAAACACUAACACGUGCUUAAUAUGCUAGAGAGAUAUUUUUAUAAGAACAUUUUGGCGGAGCUCAGUAUAAGAAAUACAUGCAUAUACCUACACACACACAUACAUAUAUACAUAGUAUAUAGAUACACAUAUAUUGAAUUUGGGCUAGAAUGAGAUACAAUGAAAAUCAGUUAUUUACAAAAUGUAAAAAUGUAAAUUAAUUAAGAAAUUAGUGUGUACGUAUGUAUGUGAGUUAGAGUUUAAUAAAUAAGCGAGGUUCACACUUAAUGAAAUGAGAAAUAACGAAGUGCAUAUAUCCACAUACCUACUUAUAUGUACAUACAUACAUACAUGUAUAGUAUGUGUGAAAUGUGCGAUUUUCAAUGUGAUAGUUCAAAUUAUGCUUAUAGAUCGUAAGGCUAAGAAUACGUUGAAGGCGUCUGUCAGUGUUGCACUGAAAUUGUACUCUUUUUUAUACAAUUUUCUAACGAACAUAAUGCAAUGUACUUGCAGAAGAAGAAAAUGUUAGAAAAUGAACAUAGAACUUGAGCGUUGAGCGUGAGAGCGAGAAGAGUUUAAAACACAAAGCGGAAGUAUUACUUAAAUAUGUAAAAAUCAAAUAAAUGCCUAAUUGAAGAUUAGUUUCAAUAACCCUGGUUUUGUGGGUAUGUAUGGGAAUGUAUAACUCUCCAAGGGAGCCUUGCUGUACUUAGUUUGGAGAAAAUCGUGAAUUCAAAUACAUACCUGCACUACAUACAUACAUACAUAUAAGCAAAUAGGCAUUAUUAGUAUUUUUUUAUUUCACCCUACUUUGUUUUUAUUACUUCUUUAAAAUACAGUUGUGUUUUUUAUUUUUAUUUAUUAUUAAUUUUUUUGUUUUUGUUUUUUUUUUGUGAGAAAAAAAUCGAACUUUCUAUCUUUUUGCAUUAUUUGAAGAAAAACGUAUAGCUUAUUUAAUGGAAGAGUAAAUAUUCGAACUUGAAUAUUUUAAAAUUAAGUAAAUAAUUUUGUAAUAGUAUUUAACACUCAAGUAACUUAAAUAAAAUAUUCAACUAAGUUUAUUAGAACAAACUGUUGGAUGGAAAUGAACAGAACAGACUACUAAAAACGCCACCAUUAACGCGGUUUUUCUAUAUUUAAAGUAAACAUUUGCCAGUACUUAUACUAAAAGAGGAAAAUGUAAAUUUUAGAUUAAAAAAAUCGAAUGAUAUGUAUGUGCAUACAUACGUAUGUUUAUAUACAUAAAAAUAAUAGAUUUAUUUAAUAAAUUAAAAACAAAACAAUUAAA